AUGCUGGAUGUCCCCGCGGUUAGAGAUUUAGAGGUCGCUGCCACAACUUUAGAUCGCCCAGAUUUGGCGUGCGUGCCAGAGUAUGCUGUACUGUAUCAAGCCACAGUCUCACUCCAGCCCUGGGUGUUAUAUUUUGACGAGUCAAGAACGGAUACGCUAGCAGGAGCAGGAAUUGCACUAGAGAAUCCAGCUGGAGAUCACUUUUCGUACUCAUUCCAGUUGGAGUUUCAAUGUACCAACAACCAGGCAGAAUAUGAGGCCUUAAUCAUAGGCCUAGAAGUACUACUGGAAAUGGGAAUCAGAGAUGUACAAAUACUUGGCGAUUCUCUUUUGGUUAUCAAUCAGUUGUGCAAUGAGUUCAGAUGCAAUAGCUUCACGUUGGUCCCUUAUUGGAACAGGGCAUUAGAACUGUUGGACCAAUUUGAUAAUGUACAUCUUGAGUACAUUCCUCGCGAGCGAAAUUUUGCCGCAAACGAGUUGGCCCAGCUGGCAACAGGGGUAACAUUGAGAUAUGGCGUGCGGGAGAGAAUCCUUAAAGUCGAGCGUCGCACGCUUCCUUCAUGGAUGGCGAGAAGAGAUCCUCCAGACGAUACCUCAGUCGCGACCCUGGAAUCCAUUGACGUGGAUUGGCGCAUCCCUUUGAUCAAUUAUCUAAAGUAUCCUGAUCAGACCACGGAUAGAAGGAUUCGCUAUCUUGCCCUCAACUACUUCCUCAGAGGCGAUGAACUUCGCAGACGAGGAGAAGAUAGCGUGGAUUUCAGAUGUGUUUAUGGCCACGAAGCGAAACAACUCAUGCGCGAAGUUCAUUCUGGCAUUUCUGGCGCCCACCAAGCAGGUCCAAAGAUGCGAUGCCCAUUAUACAGCCUUGGCCCGCAAGAGGAUGGGCGCUGGAUUUAA